AUGUCAGAAGAUAAAUUACAAAAAUUACAAGACUCAGGACUUGUCGACUGGGCUGUCUUUAGUGAGAUAGUGACUAUGGACGAGGAUGAAGAAGGGUUCUCCAAAUCACUAGUAGAAGUAUUUGUCAGCCAAGUAGAAGAAACAUUUGAAGAGAUUGAUAGAUAUUUGAAGGAGAAGAAUUUGGAGAAAUUGUCAUCGUCGGGCCAUUUUUUGAAAGGAUCUGCCGCUGCAUUGGGGUUAACCAAAAUUUCAUAUCAAUGCGAACGAAUUCAAAAUUAUGGCCAUAAGAUCAACUUUGAUAAUUUUCAUUUAGAAGACAUAAAAACUAACGGCGAUUCUGCUGGCAGUACGGAAAAUGUGGCCAUUAAUGAUAGCGAAACCAAUACAGCAAAUGGAUCCAAUGGCAACGAGACAAAUAAUAACAAAACAAAUAGUAAUAUACCGGAUGAGUCAAGUGAUGAUUUUUGGAUAGCAUUGAUUGAAGAUGCAUUGGCCAAAGCGAGAGAUGGAUUCGAGCAGUCUAGAAGAGCAUUGGACGAAUAUUACGAAUAG